AUGAAGUCCUUCGCUACUCUCGCGGCAUUCGCUGCAGGUGCAAAUGCCCUAGCCAUCCGGUCUGACAGUUGUUGUUUUGAACUGACUGCUUCCGGCGGUGCUUCUGGUACUCUCGGUCAGUUGAGUGAUGGUCAGAACCGGAUCGGUGGUGGUUUGCCUCCAGCCACCUACUGCAUCAGCUCCAGCGGCAUCAUCACCGACAGCAAUGGUCGUGGGUGCAUCCUCACACCUCCUACCACCCAAUGGCAAUGUGAUGAAGGGGCCACUGGCACCUCCGGAUUCUCCGUCACCGGCUCUGGUGAUCUUGCCUACAAUGGAAACACCACUUUUGUGGCCUGCCAGACUGGGGACAACGGCGAAUUGAACAUCUACACCAAUCCUCCUAGUGCCGAUGUGUCCGGUUGUGUCGAUGUAACUCUUGAGGCCGACAAAUGCGCAGCCCCUACCUCCUCGUCCGUAGCCCCAACCACAUCAUCAUCAGCAACUCCAGUACCAGUCUCGUCUAAAAGCCCCUCUGUUGUGGUGGUUACUGUCACGGACACUGUCUGUGUUGCCUCUUACAGCACUACACUAGUCCAGCCAACCACUUCAGCCACCCCGGUGCCUGUGACUACGUCUUCCGCAGUUGAGACUAGCACUACUCUAACAUCUACCUCAGUUGAAACCAGUACUACUCUGACAUCUUCUACCCCGGUACCCGAGACUUCGUCCUCCGUGGUUGAGAGCAGUACCCCUCUGACAUCGUCCACCCCGGUUCCGGAGACUACAAGCAGCACCACUCCAACAUCUACUAAAACUGCCACCCCAACCAGCAGCGCUACAACAUGCGGCACUAGCCUAGUGUCGGGUAGCUAUGAGUACCCUCACCUCAUUAUCCCCAUUGACUCUUCUUCUCCAAACACCGCUGCUGGUACCCAAUACAAUGGGGAAAUAAGCUCCACUGUGUCAACUAUCUUCGAUUUCGAUAUCCCAGCUUCCGACUCCGGAAAGACCUGCUCUCUCGUUUUUCUUUUCCCCGAACAGCAAGACCUUGAAACUUCUUCUUUCACCUUCAGCGGUGAUGGCAAGAUUGACUUCGCCGAGCUGAGCUCUCCUGCCACUCAAUCUACAACCUACAACAAUGCUCCUUCUGUAGCACAGGACUAUGGAGUGUUCACAGUUGCUCCGGGCAAUUCUUAUGUCAUUUCCACUUUUGAUUGCCCUGCCGGUGACCGCGUGGCCUACGAAUUGAAGAACGCUGGUUCUACCAACCUGACUUACUUCGAGGACUGGAAUCCUUCACCUAUCGGUCUCUUUAUCACGGUUUGCUAA